CCGCGGCGCUAGCACGAGGGGGCGCGCUCACUGUCCCUCUUUCCCCUCGUCACUGCUCGUCACUGUCUCGCGUGACGGACGCGUGACUGUGACGCGCCCCCUCGCCCUCGUCACACUGGGCGCUGGCCCCCUCGCACGGCCCCGUCCGUCGUCGUGUGCGCGAUUGCGUGAUUUUGCAGCAGUCGCUUGUAUAGUCUGCUGAGUGCAACAGCCCCUUGCGAACCCGGGGACGGCAACAACAACAACAACACAAAGCGUGUGAAGUGAUGUGUAGUGAUGCCAAAAGUGAAGUGAAAUAGUCAAGUUGUGCGAAGUGGUGAAAUGAGGAGUGUGGUUGUGCACAACGAGUGACGAGUGAUACAAGCAGAGGGUGCAUGAAUGAGUUUGCAUGAGGUGCACGAGUUUCGUCCAGUCCACGAUCUACCAAGGAAAUCAUCUGUGAUAUACGUUAAUGACCUAGGACAUUGUUUGCGUCCCAGCCAAACUUUGAAUCAAUUUUUUAAAAAGAUAUUGUACAAACGAAAUCAAAACGACGCAACCACCUAUGACAAAUUAAGUAAAAUUACUAUUCCAAUUUACAUUUAAUUGUUUCUACCAUACGCGUAAGAAAAAUAUUAACUAUAAUUGCAAUAUUGAAAACAACUGUGAAGGAAACACGGUGAAAGGUGGCCAGGACUGUCUCGCGUCAAUAUAGAGUGACCACCGUGGAUCGAUGAAGAGGCAAACUUCGACGCGUGCCUGCUGGCGGGCCAGCUGUGGCCGGCCUACACGGCAGGGGUGCCACCCUGCACACUAGCGCCGCCUCACCGACGGUGUCCGAGCAGGUGCGACCAGACAGACAGGGCCAGGUCGCCGCCGAGGAGGAGGAGAAGGAGAAGAAGACGUCCGCCAUGCCGGCGAGCUCAGGCUAGGGCGGCGCGCGGCGCGACCACGAGGACCUCGCGGCCGGAUCGAUAGUCCGCCCGUCCGGCCGGCGUCUGUCCGCCCGCCGGCUCCGCAGCAGCCCCAGCCUCCCCCGCGAACAGCACCGCCACCGGCUCAGCCACCGGCUCAGCCAUGGACUUUGAGCUGGACCUCAGCCUCAAGGAGUGGGCCAAGGACAAGCCCCUCAGCAUCCUGCAGCUGGACCCCGCCGACAGGGCGGUCCUCCGGAUAGCAGACGAACGAGACGCGAUCCAGAAGAAGACCUUCACGAAAUGGGUCAACAAGCACCUGAAAAAGCACUGGAAGUAUGUCAAGACCUACACCCUCCUCACUGUCGUGCCCGGGACCGCGGCCGCCGGGCCUCUUUCGCCAAACGUGAACCGCCACGUGACGGACCUGUUCGAGGACCUGCGCGAUGGACACAACCUCAUCUCGCUGCUCGAGGUCCUCUCGGGGGAGACUCUGCAGCCCCGCGAGAGAGGCGCCAUGCGGUUUCACAUGAUGCAGAACGUCCAGAUGUGCCUCGACUUUUUGUUUUACAAGAAGAUCAAGUUGGUCAACAUUCGCGCCGAGGACAUCGUGGACGGUAACCCCAAGCUCACCCUGGGCCUCAUCUGGACCAUCAUCCUCCACUUCCAGAUCUCCGACAUCGUGGUCGGACAGGAGCCCAAUGUUAACGCCCGCGACGUGCUGCUGCGGUGGGCGCGCCGCUCCACAAACAAGUACCCCGGCGUCACGGUGCGGGACUUCACCUCGUCCUGGAGGGAUGGCCUCGCCUUCAACGCCAUCAUCCAUCGAAACAGGCCGGACCUGGUCGAUUGGAGCAAAAUCCGCAAGCGGGCUGUGCGGGAGCGACUCGAAACGGCGUUCUACCUUGCGGAACGCGAGUUUGGCGUCACCAGGCUUCUGGAUCCCGAAGAUGUGGAUACAAACGAACCGGAUGAAAAGUCACUUAUUACAUACAUUUCUUCUAUGUAUGAAACAUUCCCCGACCCACCCCAACAACACCCACUUUAUGAUGGCGAGUCCUCUGCCAAGCUGAACGAGUACCGGGACCUGGCCACAGACCUGACCAGGUGGAUGCGCGAGAAGCUGGUGGUGAUGCAGGACCGCCACUUCCCCAACACGCUCAUCGAGAUGAAGAAGCUGGCCAACGAGUCGGUGCGCUUCCGCAACGAGGAGGUGCCACCGAGGCAGAGGGACAAGCAGCGCCUGGUACAGCUCUAUCGCGAACUGCAGAGUGAAGUAGAUCUGGAAUCAUCCGAGCUUCAUAUUGAAGUAAUCGACCGACAAUGGAACCGUCUCAUGAUCGCGCACCAAGACAGGGACGUCGCUAUUCAGGAAGAAAUUAAACGAUUGGAACGGCUGCAACGCUUGGCUGAAAAGGUCCACCGAGAGAUCAAGCAAGUUGACAGCCGUCUUGAGGAGCUGGAGGUGCGUAUCGAGGACGAGGCACGUCGGCUGGACCGCCUGCACCCCCUUGAUAGCAAGCGCAACGUGGACGCUCUGGAGCAGGACAUCCGCAUCGUCGAGGAGAACAUUCAGACCUUGUUCGGCGACGUGCAGACGCUCCGUGACGGCCGCUAUCCCCAAGCCCCAGAGCUUCUCAAGCGGGUGCAAAAGCUUCACCAGCGAUGGGUCGAGCUCCGCUCGCUCCUGCACAAGAAGCUGAUCGCCCCGCUGUCCAACAUGUCCUUCCCUGUCGAGGAGCGCACCGUGCGCCGUGAGAAGGUGACCGUUGUCGAGACCCGCCUUGUUGACACCAACCAGCACUUCCAGAACCUGCAGGAGUGUGCUGAGUGGGUGCGCAACAAGCUGAAGCAGCUGCAAGAGGCCGAGUACGGCUCGGAUCUGCCCGGUGUGCAGACGGAGAUAUCGAUCCACCAGAGGGAGCACAAGACGAUCGAGCAGUUCCACACCAAGGUUGAGCACUGCGCUGCAGCCAAGGCCAAUUUCCAUGGCGAAGAGCUGCAGCUGUACAACCAGCAUCUGAGUGUGCUCCACAAGCUGUAUGCCGACUUGCUGACUGCUUCCAAUAAGCGCACAACCGACCUGGAGAUACUCCACGACUUCUUACAGUCUGCCACCAACGAGCUCAUGUGGCUCAACGAGAAGGAAGAGGUGGAGGUGUCUCGAGACUGGUCAGACAAGAACCUUAAUCUGCCAGCACUUGAACAGUACUAUGAGUCUCUCAUGAGCGACCUAGAAAAGCGUGAAAUUCAAUUCUCUGCUGUCCUGGACCGUGGUGAGGCACUUAUCCUGCAACAUCACCCUGCAACUAAGACAAUCGAAGCAUACAUGAAAGCCAUGCAGUCGCAGUGGUCCUGGGUUCUACAACUCACCCUUUGCUUGGAAACACAUCUCAAGCAUGCCCACAAUUCCCAACAAUUCUUCAAGGAUGUCAAAGAAGCUGAAAACUGGAUUAAUAAGCGUGAUGAGGUUUUGAACACUACAUUCUCAGCCGCUGAAUUUAGCCUGGAUGAGGGUGAACGCCUGCUGAAGGGAAUGCAAGAGCUACGGGAGGAGUUGAAUGCGUAUGGGGAUAUAGUUACAAAACUUGCUCAACGAGCAAAAGAAAUUGUGCCAAUGAAACAACGAAGAAUGCCUGUCACAAAGCCAAUGCCUGUUGUCUCCAUUUGUUCUUACAAACAGGCGAAUGCCAAUAUUGAAAAGGGUGAUCCAUGUGUUUUGCAUGAUAAUUCUGGUCGUAUUAAGUGGCGCGUGGUCAGCCGGGCUGGCAUUGAAUGCCAAAUUCCUGGUGUUGUCUUCCUGCUUCCUCCUCCAGACAAAGAGGCUCUUGAAGCUAUUGAACGUUUGAGACGCCAGUUUGAUCGCACAGUUGCGUUGUGGCAAAAGAAGCAAAUGCGCUUGAGACAGAACAUGAUUUUUGCUACAAUCAAGGUUGUGAAGAGCUGGGACCUUGACCAAUUUUUGGCAAUGGGUCAAGACCAACGGAAUGCCAUCCGUCGAGCUCUCAACGAAGAUGCUGACAAGCUUCUUCAGGAAGGAGAUCCCUCUGACCCACAACUGCGCAGGUUGCGUAGAGAAAUGGAUGAGGUCAAUCGCCUCUUUGAUGAGUUCGAACGACGAGCCCGUGAGCUGGAAGAAAGCAAAAAUGCCACUCGUAGGUUUAACGACCAGGCUGGAUCUCUUCAGCAGAGACUUGAUGAAAUGGAACGCACACUCAACCAACGUAUCAACUCCUUCUUACCUCGUGAUCUGGAUUCUCUAGAACACCUAGUUAUUGAGCACAAAGAAUUUGAGACUAGACUACAGGCACUGACACCAGAAGUAGAUCGUGUUCAAGAAACAUUCCGCACUGUACCCCAGAAGACACCAGCUCUUCAACAAAAGCUGGAUAAAUGCCUACAGAAAUGGAAUUCCCUCUGGAAUUCAUCCCAUCUGUAUAUUGAAAGGCUGAAGUGUGUGGAAGUGGUGCUAACUGGUCUUGAAGAGGCAACAAAUGCAGUAUCCGAAUUUGAAAUGAAAUUGGCAUCGUAUGAUAAGAUGCCUUCAGAUAUGGAAUCUCUGCAACGUCUACAUGAAAGCCUUUUGAACCUACAGAGUGUAGUCAGUCAACAGCAAAUUGCUAUUGAUCAACUAAAUGAGGAUGCUGUGAACUCUCGUCGCUUGGUUGAGAAAUCUCGCUCUACCAGUGGUCAUCGUGGUGUUGGUCACCCUGAUGUAGAUAGACUAGAGGCAGAUGUUGAGCGUAUCACUAAGCGCUGGAACAAUGUGUGCAAUCAACUUGUAGAACGGCUGCGUAGCUGUGAAGCAGGCUAUGGUCUUCUGCAGAAGUUUGCUGACACUUAUGAAGCUGAAGUGAAAUUCGUCGAUGAGAGCUACAAGCAACUAAAUGCCAUAGCACCUUCCAAGUACAAGGCGCUGGAACAAGUGGACAACACAAAGGCCCUGUACAACAAUGUAGUAGAAAGAGCAAAACCAAUUGAGGCUGUGAAUGUUGAUGGUGGAAGAUUUAUUCGUGAAGCUAAGCAAGCGAUGGAGGAGAAGUACCGACUGUGCGACGAGUCCCUGCAGAAGCUGCUGCAAUGGAUCGCCGAGGUGGAGGACAAGCUCGCCAACCAGGACGUCGUGCACGAGCAGGUGGAUGAACUCCGCAACCAGAUCAACAACCUCAAGGUGAUGAAGGACGACCUGGACGCGCACGCCCGCCCCGUGUCGGCGUGCCUGGACCAGGUGCGCCUCAUCGUGUCGACCGGCGGCGAGCUGCUGUCGAGCGUGGAGGUGGCCUCGCUGGAGAAGAACGGCAAGGGGCUGCGCACGCGCUUCGACCGCGCGCACAACCGCACCGACCUGCUGCUGCGCCGCCUGGCCGCCGCGCGCGACGAGCUCACCAAGUUCCGCGGCGAGAUGAUGCAGUUCGUGUCGUGGCUCGACAAGGCCCGCCGCACGCUCGAGGACAAGGAGCGCUCGCUGUCCAACCUCAACCGCCUGACGAGCGGCGCCGACUCGACGCGCGAGUUUGUCAGCGACGUCAUCUCCCACCAGGCCGACCUGCGCUUCCUCACCAUGGCGGCGCAGAAGUUCGUCGACGAGUCCAAGGAGUACCUGACCGUGCUCAACGAGUUCCGCACGAGCCUGCCGCAGCGCUUGCCGCACGUCGAGGCCAUCUCGGCGCAGGAUUCGGUGGUGCGCAACGAGGUGUCCGUGGUCACGGCACAGUACAAGGACCUGCUGAACCGCUGCAACGCGCUCACCGACCGCCUGUCGGGCGUGGGCGGGCGCCAGCGCGAGUACCGCAACGCCGUGGACAAGGCGCGCGCCUGGCUCAAGGAGGUGGAGCCCCGCGCUCACAAGAUCAUCGCCGAGCCCAUCGGCGCGGACCCCAAGACCGUGGAGGACCAGCUGUACCGCGCCAAGCAGCUCAACAACGAGUUUGUCGCCAACGCCCGCCUCAUCGACAACGCCCGGCAGGCACUGGCCGCGCUACUGCGCUCCCUGGACGGACAGCUCACGCCGGCCGAGGCCCGCGACCUCGAGCAGCCUGUGCAGGAGAUCGAGGCCAAGUACAACCAGCUGGCCGAGGCGCUGGCCGACAAGUGCGCCGCGCUGGACACGGCGCUGACGCAGAGCCAGGGCGUGCAGGACGCGCUCGACGGCCUGGUCGGCUGGCUCAACAGCUCCGACAACCAGCUCAAGACGCAGUGGCGGCCCGCCAGCCUCAUCAAGGAGCGCCUGGAGGAGCAGAUCCGCGAGCACCGCCUGCUGCAGGCCGAGAUCGACAGCCACAAGGCGAGCGUGGAGAGCGUGGCGCGAUCGGCGCAGGAGCUCGUCAACACGGCCAGCAACUCGCGCCUCGCCAAGAAGAUCGAGACCAAGCUGCACGACGUGACCUCUCGCUUCGACAAGCUGCUCGACAAGGUGGCCAAGCGCGGCGAGUUCCUCGACGAGGUGAUGGCCGCGCUCAUGACCUUCUCGAACCAGGCCACGCUGCUCGAGCGCUGGCUGUCGGAGAUGCUGGAGGUGCUGGACUCGCGCGAGCUGCCCGAGGUGGCUGCCCGCCUCGAGGACCUGGCCGCCAAGCGCGACGCCAAGCGUGAACCCUUCGACGAGAUGAUCCGCAACGGCCGCAACCUGGUCGGCCAGAAGGACGUGACGGACACCGGGCCGGUGCGCGACCGCAUCAAGGCGCUGGAGAGCCAGUGGAAGGAGCUCAACAGCCUGCUGGACGAGAAGACGCGCCUGAGCCGCGCGCGCGCCGAGCAGCUCUCGGCCUACGACCGCCUGCGCGACCAGGUGCUCGAGUGGCUGUCCAACAUGGAGAACCGGCUGACCAGGCUGGAGGCCAUCGCGUUGGACGCCGAGUACCUCAAGAAGCAGUCCGAGGAGAUCAAGCCUCUGGUGAAGGAACACCGCGACUAUGUCAGCAUCAUCGACAAGGUGAACGACCUUGGCAACGCGUACGACGCGCUGACCCAGGGCGGUCGCCCAGACUCUCCCGCUCGCCGGCGCUCAGGCGCAUACAGCCCCACCAAACGCCUAUCGUCCACCGCCAGCCCAAUCGGACGGCGCUCGUCCCAGGAUGUGCUGCUUACGAGCCCCGUGUCGCCAGGUGGGUCGAGCGGCUUCAGCAGCCGACGCUCGUCCCAGGACGGCGGCUUCCACCUGGACGAGGUGUCGCCCGUGCAGCAGCAGCUCACCGAGAUCAACAACCGCUACUCGCUGGUCGGCGUGCGCCUCGGCGACCGCCAGAGCGAGCUGGACUCCCUGCGCGAGGAGGUGCGCAAGAUCCUGGAGAACCUGCGGACGCUGUCCGUGUUCCUGGACAAGGUGCAGCGCGCCCUGCCCAAGGAGAGCGUGCCCCAGACCAAGGAGGAGGCCGACAAGAUGACCCGCCAGAUCAAGACCGUGCUCGAGGACAUGUACGAGAAGCAGUCGCUGCUGGACGGCACGCGCGGUGCGGUGCAGGACCUGCUCCGCCGCAAGCCGGGCGCGCGCGGCGCCGACACGCUGCACGACGAGAUGGCCGAGGUGGCGUCGCGCUGGCGCGCGCUCCACGACCUGUGCAAGGCGCGCAUCAAGCUCAUGGAGGACAUGAAGGAUUUCCACGACACGCACGACUCGCUGAGCGGCUGGCUGGCCGCCAAGGACCGCAUGCUCACCGUGCUGGGCCCCAUCUCGUCGGACCCGCGCAUGGUGCAGAGCCAGGUGCAGCAGGUGCAGGUGCUGCGCGAGGAGUUCCGCACGCAGCAGCCGCAGCUCAACCACCUGCUCGAGGUGGGCGACUCGGUGCUCUCGCACGUGGACCGCAACUCGGGCGACGGCCAGCGCAUCGCCGGCAAGGUGGACAACAUCCAGCAGCGCUGGAACGACCUGCUCGGCCGCCUGGAGGAGCGCGCCGACAGUCUGGGCGCCGCGGCCGACACGAGCAGGGAGUUCGACGCGCAGCUCACGCGACUCAGGGACGCCCUGCAGGGCAUCAGCGACGCACUGGACGACCUGCCCCUCGACAAGGACCCAGAAGAGCAGCUUCGCAAAAUCGAGAACUUGGAGCGCCAGCUGGAGGGCCAGCGGCCGCUGCUCGCUGACGUGGAGGCGGCCGGUGCGCAGCUGUGCGAGGUGCUGACAGACCCGGCGUCGCGCGCCGACAUCCAGGCCAAGCUGGCCGCUGUGGUGCGCCAGUACAACACGCUGCAGAAGAAGCUGGACAACCGCAAGGCGGAGAUCGAGGGCUCGCUCCGGGACAACCGACAGUUCGAGCAGUCGUGCGCCCGCACCCUGGGCUGGCUGUCGGACGAGCUGGGCAGCCUGUCGGAACGCCUGCUGGUGUCGGCGGACCGCGAGGUGCUGCAGGAGCAGCUGGAGAAGCACGAGCCCAUCUACAAGUCGGUGCUGAACCGUGAGCACGAGGUCAUCAUGCUGCUCAACAAGGGCAGGGACAUGCAGGCGCGCGCCGGGCCGCGGGGUGACUCGCGCAACCUGGGCCGCGACCUGGACAAGAUCCAGCAGGCGUGGGACAAGCUGCGCAAGGACGUGAUGGAGAGGCACACGCGCCUGCAGAUGUGCAUGGAGCACUGCAGGAAGUACUACCGCGCGCAGGAGCAGUUCCUGCCGUGGCUGGCGCAGGCCGAGGACAAGCUCGAGUCCCUGCAGCCCGCGAGCUUCAAGCGCAAGGACAUCGAGCGGCAGCUCAAGGAGCUGGCCGCCUUCCGCAACGACGUCUGGAAGCGUUCCGGCGAGUAUGAGAACAACCGCAUGCUGGCCGAGACGUUCCUGAGCGCCUGCGACAUUGACAAGGACAUCGUCAAGAACGAGCUGACUCACUUGAAGCAGCGUUGGGACCGCCUCAACAACGGACUCCUGGAGAGGACGCAGGCCCUGGAGGAGACGGCGCGCCGCCUGGGAGACUUCGGCGAGAACCUGCGCGACCUGUCGCACGCCGUGCAGCGCUGCGAGGACCGCCUGGCGUCUCACGACGCGAUGGGAGGUGCGGCCAGGGACCCCAAGAUGUUGGACAGAAUCCGCGCUCUCCGCGAGGAGACCGGCAACCUCAAGAAGCCGCUGCAGGGACUGCGCCAGGCCGCCGGAGACCUUGUCAAGGAGGCUGGCGAACACGGUGUGGACGCCCAUCACCUGCAAGAAGAGGUGGACGGUGUCGGCGACCGCAUCGAUGAACUCUGUGCCAAGCUGGACGACCGUUGCAGCCAGCUACAGUCCGCGGCCACGGCCGUCACUCAGUUCAACGAGCAGGUCAAGGCCUUGGGCCAGGAUCUGACGGGCCUGGAGAACGAGCUGGACGCCAUGAAGCCGCCCGGCAGGGAGAUCAAGGUGGUGCGAACCCAGCUGGAGGACGUUGCGCGCUUCCUGAAGAAGGUCAGCCGUGCCGCAGACGACGUGGCCCGCGCCGUGCAGUCCGGCGAACACCUGGUGGACUCGGGCUUCGCCCCGGACACCGUGGCUACCCGCGAACAGGUCGAGUCGCUGCGCAGGCAGCUCGGCCGCCUGGACGAGCGCGCACGCAACCGUGAGGAGGACUUGGACCAGGCGCUCGGCCGCCUCGAGUCGUUCUACCAGCAGUACAACGUGGUCCUGGAGGACAUCUCGCGCGCCGCCGACCAGGUGCGCAAGCUCAAGCCCAUCGGCUCCGACUUGGACAGCAUCAAGGCCCAGCAGGAGGAGUUCCGCCACUUCCGUCGCGCCACCAUCGAGCCGCUCGGCUCCACUGUGGGAGACACCAACCGCGCUGGCCAGGGGCUGGUCCAGAGCGCGGCGGGCGGCGUGAGCACUGUGCAGCUGGAGAAGGACCUGGAGAAGCUCAACGACCGCUGGAACGACCUGAAGGAGAAGAUGAACGAACGCGACCGCAAGCUAGACGUCGGACUUCUGCAGUCCGGCAAGUUCCAGGAGGCGCUGGACGGGCUCAGCAAGUGGCUGUCCGAGACGGAGGAGAUGGUGGCCAAGCAGAAGCCGCCGUCAGCCGACUACAAGGUGGUCAAGGCCCAACUGCAGGAACAGAAGUUCCUCAAGAAGAUGUUGCUCGACCGACAGAACUCGAUGUCGUCGCUCUUCGCCAUGGGCAACGAGGUGGCCGCCAACGCGGACCCGGCCGAACGUAAGGCCAUCGAGCGCCAACUCAAGGACCUGAUGGGCCGCUUCGACCGGCUCACAGAGGGCGCGCAGCAGCGCAUGGAGGCGCUGGAAAUGGCCAUGGCCGUGGCCAAGCAGUUCCAGGACAAGCUCGUCCCCAUCGUGGAGUGGCUGGACAAGACGGAGCGCAAGGUCAAGGACCUGGAGCUGGUGCCCACCGAUGAGGAGAAGAUCCAACAGAAGAUCCGCGAGCACGACGCGCUGCACAAGGAGAUCAUUCGCAAGAAGGCGGCAUUCACCGAACUCACCGAGGUGGCCAGCACCCUCAUGGAGCUGGUCGGCGAGGACGAGGCGGCUGGUCUGGCCGACAAACUGACGGAGACCACGGACCGCUACACCGUCCUGGUCGAGGCGUCCGAAGCCGUAGGCGCACUACUACAGCAGUCCCGACAGGGUCUGCGACACCUGGUGCUCACCUACCAGGACCUGCAGGCCUGGAUGGAGAAGAUGGAGCAGCAGCUCAACAAGCACCGCGUGCUCGCCGUGCACACCGACAAGCUGCUGCAGCAGAUGGACGACCUGGCCGACCUCACGGAGGAGAUCUCCAACAAGCAGACGGCCGUGGACGGCACCCUGGAUAGCGGCAUGGAACUCAUGAAGCACAUCUCUAACGACGAGGCCAUCCAACUCAAGGACAAGCUGGACUCGCUGCAGCGCCGCUACAACGACCUGACAUCGCGUGGCGCCGACCUGCUCAAGCACGCCCAGGAGGCCCUGCCCCUGGUGCAGCAGUUCCACAACUGCCACACCAAGCUGGUGGACUGGAUGAUGGGCGCCGAGGCCACGCUGCAGCAGGCCGAUCCCCGCGAGGAGGACAUCCACCGCCUCGAAUUGGACCUGCAGGAGUUCCGGCCGGUGCUGGACGCCAUCAACCAGGUCGGGCCGCGCCUCUGCCAGAUGUCACCCGGCGAGGGCGCCUCUACCAUCGAGGGCCUCAUGACACGCGACAACAGGCGCUUCGACGCCAUCGCCGAGCAGAUCCAGCGCAAGGCGGAGCGCAUCCAGCUCUCCAAGCAGCGCUCACUGGAGGUGAUCGGCGACAUCGACGAGCUCCUCGACUGGUUCCGCGAGGUGGAGAACCAAAUCCGGGAGGCCGAGCCACCAAGCUCGGACCCGGAAGUGAUCCGCGUGCAGCUCAAGGAGCACAAGGCGCUCAACGACGACAUCUCGAGCCAGAAGGGACGCGUGCGCGACGUGCUGUCCACGGCCAAGAAGGUGUUGCGCGAGUCUGCGCAGCAGGAAGACACGGCCACCAUCCGGGAGAAGAUGGAGGACCUGCGCGAGACGAUGGAGGUGGUGUCCGGGCUGAGCGCGGACCGCCUCGGCAUCCUGGAGCAGGCCCUGCCGCUCGCCCAGCACUUCCUGGAGACCCACGCCACGCUGGUCAGCUGGCUCACCGACAUGGAGAGGCAGGUGGCCAUGCUCGCCAUGCCCGCGCUCCGCCCCGACCUGAUCGCGCAGCAGCAGGACCGCAACGAGAUGUUCCUGCAGUCCCUCAACGAGCACAAGCCGCUGCUCGACAAGCUCAACAAGACUGGCGAGGCGCUCAUCAGCCUGGUCAACGACGAGGAGGGCUCCAAGGUGCAGGACGUGAUGGACGGCGACAACGCGCGCUUCAACGCCCUGCGCGUCGACCUGCGCACGCGCCAGCAGGCCCUGGAGAAGGCCCUGCAGGAGUCGAGCCAGUUCGCCGACAAGCUGGAGGGCAUGCUGAGGGCGCUCACCAACACCGCGGACCAGGUCAACAACAUGGAGCCCGUGUCGGCUCAUCCGCCCAAGAUCCACGACCAGAUCGACGACAACAACGCCAUCGUCGAGGACCUGGAUAAGCGCCAGGAGGCCUACGAUGCGGUGAAGCGCGCCGCCACGGACGUCAUCAACAAGGCCGUCAACAAGUCGGACCCCGCCGUCAACGACAUCAGAAGGAAGCUGGAGCGCCUCAACAGCCUGUGGAAUGAUGUGCAGAAGGCGACCAACGACCGCGGCAAGUCUCUGGACGAGGCGCUGCGCGUGGCCCAGAAGUUCUGGGAUCAGCUGCACGCCGUCAUGGCCACUCUGCGCGACCUGCAGGACACCCUGCAGUCGCAGGAGCCGCCCGCCGUCGAGCCUUCAGUCAUCAAGCAGCAGCAGAGCGCGCUGCAGGAGAUCAGGCACGACAUCGACCAGACCAAGCCAGAGGUGGACCUCUGCCGCCAGACGGGCCAGAAGCUGAUGAAGAUUUGCGGCGAGCCCGACAAACCCGAGGUGAAGAAGAACAUCGAGGACCUGGAUAGCGCAUGGGACAACAUCACCGCCCUGUACGCACGUCGCGAGGAGAAUCUCAUCGACGCCAUGGAGAAGGCCAUGGAGUUCCACGAGACGCUGCAGAACCUCCUGGCCUUCCUGGACAAGGCAGAGGACAAGUUUGCGCGCAUGGGCGCGCUUGGGUCGGACAUCGACGCCGUCAAGAGGCAAAUCAGUCAGCUCAAGGACUUCAAGCACGAGGUGGACCCCCACAUGGUCAAGGUGGAGGCACUCAACAGGCAAGCUCAGGAGCUGACGGAGCGCACCUCGGCGGACCAGGCUCAGGCCAUCAGGGAGCCGCUGGGCGCCGUGAACAGGCGUUGGGACGAGCUGCUGCGCGGCAUGGUGGAGCGCCAACGGCAGUUGGAGAACGCGCUGCUGCGCCUCGGCCAGUUCCAGCACGCCCUGUCCGAGCUGCUGGCGUGGAUCGAUGGGACGGAGCGCACGUUGGACUCGGAACUCAAGCCGGUGCCGGGCGACCCCCAGCUGCUGGAGGUUGAACUGGCGAAGCUCAAGGUCCUCGUCAACGACAUCCAGGCCCACCAGUCGUCCGUGGACACGCUCAACGACGCGGGCCGCCAGCUGAUCGAGAGCGGCAAGGGCACCCUGGAGGCGUCCAGCACGCAGGAGAAGCUGUCGACGCUGAACCGGCGUUGGCGCGAGCUGCUGCAGAAGGCCGCGGACCGGCAGACGGAGCUCGAGGACGCCCUUCGGGAGGCGCAGCGGUACCACGCCGAGAUCCAGGACCUGCUGUCGUGGCUCGGAGAGGUGGACGGCAUCAUCGCGGCGUCCAAGCCCGUGGGCGGGCUGCCCGAAACGGCCUCGGAGCAGCUGCAGCGCUUCAUGGAGGUGUACAACGAGCUGGAGGAGAACAGACCCAAGGUGGAGUCUUGCCUGGCGCAAGGCCAGGAGUACCUCAAGAAGUCUUCCGACCGUCGCGCUUCCAACCUGGAGCACAACCUGCGCACGCUCAAGCAGCGCUGGGACUCGGUCACGGCGCGCGCCAACGACAAGAAGAUCAAGCUGGAGAUCGCGCUCAAGGAGGCCACCGAGUUCCACGACGCGCUGCAGGCUUUCGUGGACUGGCUGACGAACGCAGAGAAGGUCCUGAGCAACCUGAAGCCCGUGUCGCGCGUCAUGGAGACCAUCCUGCAACAGAUCGAGGAGCACAAGGCCUUCCAGAAGGACGUGGGAGUGCACCGCGAGACCAUGCUCAACCUGGACAAGAAGGGCACGCACCUCAAGUACUUCAGUCAGAAGCAGGACGUGAUCCUCAUCAAGAACCUUCUCAUCAGCGUGCAGCACCGCUGGGAGCGUGUCGUGUCCAAGAGCGCCGAGCGCACGCGCGCCCUCGACCACGGCUACAAGGAGGCUAGGGAGUUCCACGACGCGUGGUCCAGCCUCAUGUCGUGGCUGACGGAGACCGAGCAGGGACUCGAGGAGCUGCAGGUGGAGGAGGGCGUCGGAAACGAUCCCGAGCGCAUCAAGCAGCGCCUUGCCAAGCACCGCGAGUUCCAGCGUGCCCUCAGUGGCAAGCAGGCCACCUACGACGCGACCAUGCGUGCCGGCAAGACGCUCAAGGACCGCGCGCCCAAGACGGACGAGACCGCCCUGCGCAACAUGCUGACCCAGCUCAAGAACAAGUGGACCGCCGUCUGCGCCAUGUCCGUCGACCGACAGCGCCGCCUCGAGGAAGCACUCUUGUACUGCGGACAGUUCAAGGACGCCGUCCAGGCGCUCAUGGACUGGCUCUACAAGGUGGACAAGAUCCUCAGCGAGGACGGCCCCGUGCACGGCGACCUGGACACGGUCAUGGCGCUCGUCGAGCAGCACAAGCAGUUCGAGGAGGACCUCAGCAGCCGAUCCGCCCAGGUGGAGUCUGUCAAGCGCACCGGCAAGGACCUCAUGGACAAGGCGACGGCGGCGGACGCGGCGGCCAUCAGGACGCAGCUCAGCGAGCUCACGUCGCUGUGGGACAAGGUGAGCCGACUCUCGGACCGCAAGACGAAGCGGCUGGAGGACGCGCUCAAGGAGGCGGAGCAGCUGCACAAGGCCGUGCACAUGCUGCUCGAGUGGCUGUCGGACGCCGAGAUGAAGCUGCGCUUCGCUGGCACGCUGCCGGAGGACGAGCACGAGACGCGCGCCCAGCUGGCCGAGCACGAGAAGUUCAUUCGCGAGCUGCGCGAGAAGGAGCGCGAGAAGGACUCGACCAUUGCGCUGGCCCAACGCAUCCUGGCCAAGGCGCACCCGGACGGCGCGACCGUCAUCAAGCACUGGAUCACCAUCAUCCAGUCCCGCUGGGAGGAGGUGUCCAGCUGGGCCAAGCAGCGCGAACAGCGCCUCAACGACCACCUGCGCUCCCUCCGCGACCUGGACUCGCUGCUGGAGGAGUUGCUGUCCUGGCUCCAGGGCCUGGAGAGCAACUUGCUGUCCCUGGAGGCCGAGCCCCUACCCGACGACCUGGGUACUCUUAGGCAGCUCAUCCAGGAGCACCAGGAGUUCAUGGAGAAUACUGCCAUGCGGCAAGGGGAGGUGGACGCCGUCUGCAAGAGCAGGCAGGUCGCCAAGGGCCCGGCUGCCAAAGAUAAGGACAGGAGGCCGUCCAAGCCCAGGACCUCGCUGUCAUCUAGAAAGGACCUUGAGCGUGAAUCAUCCCCAGAAUACGAUGCCGCUGGCCGCAAGGGAAGUCGUGCCAGUCCUGGACGGGAGAAAACUCCAGAUAUUUAUCCACACAUUGGACCUCGAUUCCCACCUAAAGGAAGCAAAGGAGCUGAGCCGCAGUUCCGCAGCCCGCGGGUGAAACUUCUGUGGGACAAAUGGCGCAAUGUCUGGAUGCUCUCAUGGGAACGUCAACGUCGCCUGCAAGAGAAGUACAACUACCUGCUUGAAAUGGAGCGUGUUAAGAACUUUAGCUGGGAUGAUUGGAGACGGCGGUUCCUUAAGUUCAUGAACCACAAGAAGUCGCGUCUUACUGACCUGUUCCGUAAGAUGGACAAGAAUAAUGAUGGUCUCAUUCCUCGUGAAGACUUCAUAGAUGGCAUCAUUAAAACCAAAUUUGAUACUAGUCGACUUGAAAUGAAUGCUGUUGCUGACAUGUUUGACCACAAUAACGAAGGACUUAUUGACUGGAAAGAGUUCAUUGCAGCUCUUAGACCAGACUGGCAAGAGAAACAGCCAUCCCCUGAGGCUGAUAAGAUUCAUGAUGAGGUCAAGAGGCUUGUGAUGUUGUGUACCUGCCGACAGAAAUUCCGUGUAUUCCAAGUUGGAGAGGGAAAAUACAGAUUUGGUGACAGUCAAAAGCUCCGUUUGGUGCGAAUUCUUCGGUCUACAGUGAUGGUGCGAGUUGGUGGUGGAUGGGUAGCUCUUGACGAAUUCCUCAUCAAGAAUGAUCCUUGCAGAGUUGAGCUAUAUCUACCACUCCCUGACCCCAAUAAACCUGAAGAGCAUGAUCCUUGGUGCCCUUUGGGCAUCAUUGAACGUGCCAAGGGACGCACCAACAUCGAGCUACGAGAACAGUUCAUCCUGGCUGAUGGUGUGUCGCAAAGCAUGUCUGCCUUCAAGCCCAAACACUCUUCGUCAAGCAGUCAGCGAUCGGCUUCACUGUCCAGCGCUGGUCCAAUCACCAAGAUUCGAGAACGCAGUGCCCGAAGUGUACCUAUGAAAGGUUCUAUGGGUCGGUCAUCAUUCUCCGCCACAUCUGACUCCUUGAGUGACAAUGAGGGUUCUUUCUCACGUGGACCACCAACAAGGAAGUCAUCUGCCCCCAUUAGAUCUUCCCUUACGCCAGGUGGAAGUUUACCUGGAAGUCGAAACAACAGCAGGCCUCCCAGUAGACAGGGAAGCAAGCCUCCCAGUAGACAUGGUUCAAAUCUCUCCUUAGACAGCACUGAUGAGGGCACACCUACUCGAAUUCCUAUGAGACGAGUCACUUCAACACCAUCCUCAGCACAACGAAAACUGACUGUUCCUAUGAAUGGCAGUGCUACCCGACCAAGAACUCCUACAUCUGGUCUCACAAGUCCAGCAAGUGGUGCUGGGUCAAGGUUAGGUACAAUUCACCGCGCUUCAAGUAUCCCCACUCUGACGGGUGUAGGAUCAAGCACCUCGAAGAUUCCAAUCUAUGUUGGAUCGUCUUUAGAUACUCAGGAGGAACAUCUUCCAGCCUCAUCUUUCUCUUGUCCAACUUCAGGCCGGAGUUCCGGUCGGAGUUCAGUCCGAACAAAUUCGUCUUCUAACAUACCUGUUCUUGUGAAGGCAUAUUACUAUUACAGGGCUAGAACUCCAUCAGGCUCAAGCACUCCAGCCCCACCAGGUUUGGGUACGAAGCUGACUCGUAGGACAUCUGGUGCUUCAGAUACUUCAACUGGAGCAGCAAGAAAAGCACCUUUUCACCUGUAAAAAAUGAGGUCUUGCUCAAUCUAAAUUCGGAUGUCAAUCAGCAAGACUGAGUAAAAAAUAUUGCCAGCAAGGAUGAAAAUGUGAAGCAUAUUAUUGCUACUUAUCCUUAAGCCUUGAAGUAACAGAGGCUUCUUGUUAUUGAAUCUUUCAAUAAAAUUGUUAUUAAAUUCUUGAUUUGUAAAUAUUUAGUGUUUUAGAACACUUCUUCUUUUUUCUAAUGUCACAGAGGGACCAUGAUUAAUUACUUAAAACAGUAUUUGGCUGUAAUGACGGCUGUGUUGCUUAUUUUCUUUCUCUUUUUGUUGUUUUGCUGUCAAUACCAAACUUUGUCUUGCUUUUCUUGUAUGUUGUAUCUCAUUUUUAUGGAUUUCCAUUUAUCAGACAUACCUGUGGUUAUGUUCUGUAAAGAUUCUGUUUUGUACCCUAAUAGUGAUGGCAUCUGAAAGAUGCAUUUAUGAAAUCACUGCUUUAAAAUUUUUCUGUUACUGAUAUAUGCGUUAUAGCAUGUCGCUAAUUUAGUCUUUUUGAUUUUGGUGCUUUUACUGAGCUAAACACUCAGUAAGUAAGCUGUUGAUGUGACAUCAUCAGUACCAUUUGUUAUUAUUUAUAAAAAAUGACAUUUAAAUGAAAAUAAUGUAAUUAACUAAAUCAUAUUAUAUAACAGGAGUAACAAGAGCUGUGCUCUGCAACUGACUCAUUAGCGUAUACCACUAAUUUUAAUUGUUGGGAAAUAUCUCUUCCUUCUCUUUUUAUCUGUCCUCACACUUGGCUCUUAUGUUUGAAGAUCAUUUUGUGAGAUAAUGGUGCCAUCUCGUUGGAUAUAGUAGAAAGGAAGAGAAGCCAUGUUACUAUGGUGGAUGUGGAUAGGCAGUAAACUUCUAUCACAUGUGAUUGUUUCAAUUCUAUGUCCCAAAACAAUAUAUACCCGUCUUUGAACAAGAGUAUAUGUCUCAUGGUAAUUAGCUUUAAGGCGUUAUGAUAAUAUUUUACAUCAAAUUGUCCCAUAAUGAUUGGUAGUCACUUCCUUACAUUAUCUGAAUACUCCUACUUAAAUUAUUGAUUGUUUUUGUUAUUAACCUUGUAUUAAUGUUUCAUAAAUCAAAGAAGAACUGAGUCAAUUGAUUGAUAAGCCAUAUUGUUGUAAAUAUUUUAUGUCUUCAAUUAUGAGGGAAAGAAAACGUCCAAAAAGGGUGUUUAUUUUCUGUAUGAAAGGUACCAAGUGUAUCGAUACAGUUUUGUAAAGAAAAAAGGAAAGAAAUUAUUAGUAUGUCUUGUAAAUACAAGAUAGAUUACUUUGUGCAAAUCUAGAAUUUUUGUAAAAUGUAUUUUAAUUUUUUUAUGGUUUUGAUGUUCUUGUACUAUAUUGUGUUAUGAUAGGAUGCUGCUUGCAUAUAUUUUUGAAAUUGAAAAGAGAUUUGUUUGGCUUUUAUGUCUGUCAGUCAUUGUACAUUUUUCUAAAAUACUUUUGUAUGAAAUUAGGUUUAGAACCACAUGAAGUGCGUUUAUAGAAGUAUUAAAUGCAUGCUCCUAUUCAUUGUAAUUAAUAUAGAAAAUGAAAUUUUAUGUUAUUUAAUUGUGCUGUGUAAGUCUAGUUAACAAAUUUGCUUAUUAAAUCAUCUCACCAUUA